AUGCCUACUUCCUCCGUGUUCUUCACAAAUUCCAUUCCAUACGUGGAUUUCCCGCGUACAGUAACCCAGAAGACAGUGCCAAUCGGUGGAAUUUCAGUGGAUAUGGCGGCGAUUCGAAAGCACAAAUUAUCGAUUGAAUGGAGUACUGUAUUGGAUGAGAGACCAUACAAUAUGUUGAUUUCUUUCGGUUCGAUGGUCAGGUCAAUGGAUAUGCCCAUUGAGUGGAGAAACGGACUUCUGGAAGCGAUAAAAUCGGAGCCAAACGUGACAUUCAUCUGGAAAUACGAGAAUGAUGAAUUGGAAUGGGCACAAGGAGUGAAGAAUAUCCAUUUCUCUCGAUGGGUUCCCCAGACGGCCCUUCUGAAUGACGACCGUCUUAGUGCGUUCAUGACACACGGAGGUCUUGGAUCAACGAAUGAAUUGGCUCAUCUCGGAAAGGCGGCUCUCAUGAUUCCAGUAUUUGCAGAUCAGAAUAGAAAUGCUCGAAUGUUGGAAAGGCAUGGAGGAGUGAAGGUGAUUGAGAAGUACGAGUUGGCUGAUAAACACAAGAUCCGAUCGGCAAUUCAAUCGAUAUUACAUGACAGACAGUAUAAGGAGAAGGCCGAGAGACUCGCGCAUUUAUUGAUUAAUCAACCGAUGAAACCGAAGGAACAAGUCGUCAAGUAUACUGAAUUUGUCGCUAGAUUCGGUCCAUUCCCUCGAAUGGAUUCUCACGGGAGGAAACUUUCCUUUGUCGAGAGGCACUUGCUGGAUGUUUAUUCUGUUAUUGGAUUGUCUUAUUUAAUUGCAUCUUCUUUUGUCUUUUAUGUUGCUAAGUUUGUAUUUAAUAGGAUUCCUGUGAAAUUUGUCAAAAAGGACUAG